AUGAGCUCGGACGCGGAGAUGGCCAUUUAUGGCAAGGCUGCCAUAUAUCUCCGUAAGCCUGAGAAGGAGAGAAUUGAGGCACAAAGCAGGCCUUUUGAUGCUAAGACUGCCUGCUUUGUAGCAGAUGUCAAAGAGCUGUACCUCAAAGCUACAAUCAAGAGCAAAGACGGUGGCAAAGUCACUGUUACUGUAAAUGACACUCAGGAGGAGAGAACUGUUAAGGAGGAUGAUAUAACCCCGAUGAACCCUCCCAAGUUCGACAAAAUUGAGGACAUGGCCAUGAUGACCCAUCUCAAUGAAGCCUCUGUCCUGUAUAACCUCAAAGAGCGUUAUGCAGCAUGGAUGAUCUACACCUACUCUGGACUCUUCUGUGCCACUGUAAACCCCUACAAGUGGCUUCCAGUGUACGAUGCAGAAGUGGUGUCUGCCUACAGAGGCAAAAAGCGCAUGGAGGCCCCACCCCACAUCUUCUCUGUCUCUGACAAUGCCUAUCAGUUCAUGCUUACUGAUAGGGAAAACCAGUCUGUCCUGAUCACUGGAGAAUCUGGUGCUGGAAAGACUGUGAACACCAAGCGAGUCAUCCAGUACUUUGCAACAAUUGCAGUGUCUGGAGAUAAGAAGAAAGAAUCUACCACAGCUGGAAAAAUGCAGGGAUCCCUUGAGGACCAAAUUAUUGCUGCCAACCCACUUCUUGAGGCAUAUGGCAAUGCCAAGACUGUGAGAAAUGACAAUUCCUCCCGAUUUGGUAAAUUCAUCAGAAUUCACUUUGGCACAACUGGAAAACUGGCUAGUGCUGACAUUGAGACAUAUCUGCUGGAGAAGUCUAGAGUCACAUUCCAGCUUCCAGAUGAGAGAGGCUACCACAUCUUCUAUCAGAUGAUGACCAACCACAAGCCUGAGCUGAUUGAAAUGACGCUCAUCACCACCAACCCCUAUGACUUCCCCAUGUGCAGUCAGGGUCAGAUUUCUGUAGCCAGCAUUGAUGACAAGGAGGAGCUGGUUGCCACAGAUACUGCCAUUGAUAUUCUGGGCUUCAGUCCUGAGGAGAAGAUGGGCAUCUACAAGUUGACAGGUGCUGUUCUCCACCAUGGUAACAUGAAGUUCAAGCAGAAGCAGCGCGAGGAGCAGGCAGAGCCUGAUGGCACAGAAGUGGCUGAUAAAAUUGGAUACCUACUGGGGCUGAAUUCUGCUGAUAUGCUGAAGGCCUUGUGUUAUCCCCGAGUGAAAGUGGGAAAUGAGUUUGUUACCAAAGGCCAAACAGUUCCACAGGUCAUCAACUCAGUGAUGGCUCUUGCCAAGUCUAUCUAUGAGAGGAUGUUUUUGUGGUUGGUGGUCCGUAUUAAUCAGAUGUUGGACACAAAGCAGCCAAGACAAUUUUUUAUUGGUGUGCUGGACAUUGCUGGUUUUGAAAUCUUUGAUUUCAACAGCAUGGAGCAGCUUUGCAUCAACUUCACCAAUGAGAAACUGCAACAGUUUUUCAAUCACCACAUGUUUGUCCUGGAACAAGAGGAGUACAAGAAAGAGGGCAUUGAAUGGGAGUUCAUUGACUUUGGCAUGGACUUGGCUGCUUGCAUUGAGCUCAUUGAGAAGCCCAUGGGUAUCUUCUCCAUCCUUGAAGAGGAGUGCAUGUUCCCCAAGGCUUCAGACACAACCUUCAAGAACAAACUCUAUGAUCAGCAUCUUGGCAAGAGCAAUGCCUUCCAGAAACCAAAGCCUGCCAAAGGCAAGGCUGAGGCCCACUUCUCACUGGUGCACUAUGCAGGCACUGUGGACUACAACAUCAGUGGAUGGCUGGAAAAGAACAAGGACCCUCUGAACGAGUCUGUGGUUCAGCUGUACCAGAAGUCCUCUCUCAAACUUCUAGCUCAUCUUUAUGCCAAUGUUGGUGGAGCUGAAGCUGAGAGCAGCGGUGGUGGUGGAAAGAAGGGGGGCAAAAAGAAGGGUGGAUCAAUGCAGACUGUUUCCUCUCAGUUCAGAGAGAACUUGGGCAAGCUGAUGACGAAUCUGAGGAGCACUCAUCCGCACUUUGUCCGCUGUCUGAUUCCUAAUGAGUCUAAGACACCAGGUCUCAUGGAGAACUUCCUGGUUAUUCACCAGCUGAGGUGUAAUGGUGUUUUGGAGGGUAUCAGAAUCUGCAGAAAGGGCUUUCCGAGUAGAAUUCUAUAUGGUGACUUCAAGCAGAGGUACAAAGUACUGAACGCUAGUGUGAUACCCGAGGGUCAGUUCAUUGACAACAAAAAAGCCUCAGAGAAGCUGCUUGGAUCAAUUGAUGUUGACCAUACACAGUACAAAUUUGGGCACACAAAGGUAUUUUUUAAAGCUGGUCUGCUGGGUACCCUUGAGGAGAUGCGAGAUGAGAAACUGGCAGCUCUGGUCACAAUGACUCAGGCCCUCUGCCGUGGAUUCCUCAUGAGAAAGGAGUUUGUGAAGAUGAUGGAAAGACGAGAUGCCAUUUAUACCAUCCAGUACAACAUUCGUUCCUUCAUGAAUGUCAAACACUGGCCAUGGAUGAAGGUGUACUACAAGAUCAAGCCUCUGCUGAAGAGUGCUGAGACUGAGAAAGAGCUGGCUAACAUGAAGGAAGAAUUUACCAAAUGCAAGGAAGAUCUUGUAAAAGCAGAGGCCAGAAAGAAAGAGCUAGAGGAAAAAAUGGUCUCCUUGCUGCAGGAGAAGAAUGAUCUGCAGCUGCAAGUGGCAUCUGAAGCUGAAAAUCUGUCAGAUGCUGAGGAGAGAUGUGAGGGCUUGAUCAAGAGCAAGAUCCAGCUGGAAGCAAAACUUAAAGAGACAACUGAGAGACUGGAGGAUGAGGAGGAGAUCAAUGCUGAGCUGACUGCCAAGAAGAGGAAACUGGAGGAUGAGUGUUCUGAGCUGAAGAAAGACAUCGAUGACUUGGAGCUCACCUUGGCCAAAGUGGAGAAGGAGAAACAUGCCACAGAAAACAAGGUCAAGAAUCUGACUGAGGAGAUGGCUGCUCAGGAUGAGAGCCUUGCCAAGCUCACAAAAGAGAAGAAAGCCCUCCAAGAGGCACACCAACAGACUCUUGACGAUCUUCAGGCAGAGGAGGACAAAGUCAACACUCUGACCAAAUCCAAGACAAAGCUUGAACAACAAGUGGAUGAUCUUGAGGGUUCCCUGGAGCAAGAGAAGAAGCUCCGCAUGGACCUUGAGAGAGCCAAGAGAAAGCUUGAGGGAGACCUGAAACUGGCCCAGGAGUCCAUUAUGGAUCUGGAGAAUGACAAGCAACAGUCUGAGGAGAAGCUUAAGAAGAAAGACUUUGAAACAAGCCAGCUUCUUGGUAAGAUUGAAGAUGAGCAGUCUUUGGGAGCCCAGCUUCAGAAGAAGAUUAAGGAGCUGCAGGCCCGCAUCGAGGAACUGGAGGAGGAAAUUGAGGCUGAGCGAGCUGCGCGUGCCAAGGUUGAGAAGCAGAGAGCAGAUCUCUCCAGGGAACUUGAGGAGAUCAGUGAAAGGCUUGAGGAAGCUGGAGGAGCAACUGCUGCUCAGAUAGAGAUGAACAAGAAGCGUGAGGCAGAGUUCCAGAAACUGCGUCGUGACCUUGAGGAGUCCACCCUUCAGCAUGAAGCCACUGCUGCCGCUCUGCGCAAGAAGCAGGCUGACAGCGUGGCAGAACUGGGAGAGCAAAUCGACAACCUCCAGCGUGUCAAGCAGAAGCUUGAGAAGGAGAAGAGUGAAUACAAGAUGGAGAUCGAUGAUCUUUCCAGCAACAUGGAGGCUGUUGCUAAGGCAAAGGCAAACCUUGAGAAGAUGUGUCGAACCCUGGAGGAUCAGCUCAGUGAAAUUAAGACCAAGAAUGAUGAGAAUUCGAGGCAGAUCAGUGAUGUAACAGCACAAAAAACAAGACUUCAGACAGAGAAUGGUGAGCUUGGGCGUCAGCUGGAAGAGAAAGAGGCUCUUAUUUCCCAGUUGACUAGAGGCAAACAGGCCUUCACACAGCAGAUUGAGGAACUGAAGAGACAGAUUGAGGAAGAAGUUAAGGCCAAGAAUGCCCUGGCUCAUGGCCUCCAGUCUGCCCGCCAUGACUGUGACCUGCUCCGUGAGCAGUUUGAGGAGGAGCAGGAAGCAAAGGCUGAGCUACAGCGUGGCAUGUCCAAGGCCAACAGCGAGGUUGCUCAGUGGAGAACCAAAUAUGAAACUGAUGCCAUCCAGCGCACUGAGGAGCUUGAGGAGGCCAAGAAAAAGCUUGCUCAGCGCCUUCAAGAGGCAGAGGAACAAAUUGAGGCUGUUAACUCCAAGUGUGCCUCUCUGGAGAAGACCAAGCAGAGACUACAGGGUGAAGUGGAAGACCUCAUGAUUGAUGUGGAGAGAGCCAAUGCCUUGGCUGCCAACCUCGAUAAGAAGCAGAGGAACUUUGAUAAGGUUUUGGCUGAGUGGAAGCAGAAAUAUGAGGAAGGCCAGGCUGAACUGGAGGGUGCCCAGAAAGAGGCUCGCUCUCUCAGCACUGAGCUGUUCAAGAUGAAGAACUCCUAUGAGGAGGCUCUUGAUCACCUGGAGACAAUGAAGCGAGAGAACAAAAACCUGCAACAGGAAAUCUCUGACCUGACUGAACAGAUUGGUGAGACUGGAAAGAGCAUUCAUGAGCUGGAGAAGGCAAAGAAGGCAGUAGAGACAGAGAAGGCCGAGAUCCAGACUGCUCUGGAAGAGGCUGAGGGAACCUUGGAGCAUGAGGAGUCCAAGAUCCUUCGUGUCCAGCUUGAGCUCAACCAGGUUAAGGGUGAGAUUGACAGGAAGCUGGCAGAAAAAGAUGAGGAAAUGGAGCAGAUCAAGAGGAACAGCCAGAGGGUGAUUGAGUCCAUGCAGAGCACCCUGGACUCUGAGGUCAGGAGCAGGAAUGACGCCCUGAGAAUCAAGAAGAAGAUGGAGGGAGACCUCAAUGAGAUGGAGAUUCAGCUGAGCCACGCCAACCGCCAGGCUGCUGAGGCCCAGAAACAGCUGAGGAAUGUACAGGGACAGCUCAAGGAUGCCCAACUGCACCUUGAUGAUGCCCUGAGAGGACAGGAGGACAUGAAGGAGCAGGUUGCUAUGGUUGAGCGCAGGAAUACUCUAAUGUUGGCUGAGAUUGAGGAACUUAGAGCUGCCCUGGAACAGACUGAGAGAGGCCGCAAAGUGGCUGAGCAAGAGCUGGUUGAUGCCAGUGAGCGUGUCGGACUUCUUCACUCACAGAACACAAGCCUUCUGAACACCAAGAAGAAGCUUGAAACUGACCUUGUGCAGAUCCAAUCAGAGGUGGACGACACUGUCCAAGAAGCAAGGAAUGCUGAAGAGAAAGCAAAGAAAGCUAUUACUGAUGCUGCCAUGAUGGCUGAAGAGUUGAAGAAGGAGCAGGACACCAGCGCUCACCUGGAGAGGAUGAAGAAGAAUCUGGAGGUCACAGUCAAAGACCUGCAGCACCGCCUGGAUGAGGCUGAGAAUCUGGCCAUGAAGGGUGGCAAGAAACAGCUGCAGAAACUGGAAUCCAGGGUUCGUGAGCUGGAGGCUGAAGUUGAGGCUGAACAGAAACGUGGUGCAGAUGCUGUGAAGGGAGUCCGCAAAUAUGAGAGGAGAGUCAAGGAGCUGACCUACCAGACUGAGGAGGACAAGAAGAAUAUUACCAGACUUCAGGAUCUGGUGGACAAACUGCAGCUGAAGGUCAAGGCAUACAAGAGGCAGGCUGAGGAAGCAGAGGAACAAGCCAACACCCACCUGUCCAAGUUCAGGAAGGUGCAGCAUGAGCUGGAAGAGGCUGAGGAGCGUGCUGACAUUGCUGAGUCCCAAGUCAACAAGCUCAGAGCCAAGAGCCGUGAUGUUGGAAAGGGCAAAGAAGCUGCAGAGUAA